AUGACAACCACCCCAGACCAUGACCACCACCCCCAGCCUCACAGCCACCACCUCCAGCCCAGGAUCAUCAUCUCCAGCCCAGCACCACCACCCCAGUCCGGGACCAGCACCCCAGUCCGGAACCAGCACCCCAGUGUGUACACCCUGGGCAAGGAGGCGCUGCUGGUGGACCUGGCCGUGGAGUUCAGCACCUGGGUGGUGGUGAGUCCCUGGCGCCUGGAGCAGAUGCGGCUGCUGGAGCUGCCGGAUGUGUUCACCGCCGAGGAGGGGGCCGGGUGGAUCCGCGCCGUGGAUGUCGCCGAGAUCCGCUGGGAUACCCUGGUCACCUGGAACACGCUGCACCCCACCAUUGCCAUCCUCCCCACGGGCAGGCCUGUGAAAGUCACCCACCCCAAGAUCCACCCCAUCCCAUACUCGGAUCACUCGUCCUUUUCGGAGCUGCGCGAGUUUGUGAAGUGGCUGAAACCUUGCUCGAUCAUUCCCAUUGUGAAGGGCAGCAUGUGCCAGGUUUACUUUCAGGAAUACCUGAGCUCUGCCCCCCAGGUAAUUCCUGACUUCCAAGUCCCAAAGCCUUUGCCAGAGUCUGUGCAGCAGCAAAGCCAAAGGAAGGGGCAGGACCCCACGUGUCUCUGGAAAAGAGCUGCACGGCAUUCUGCACCCCAAGGGGUUGUUUUUGAGUCCCCAGAGAAAUACACUGAGAAACCUGAAGCAUUUACAAGUGCUGAGAUUCCUCAACAGCACCACUGUGAGCCAGCUUCCUGCUCAAAGGAAGGUUGCACUUGUCACAGGGAUGAGGAAAAAGGGAAGGAAAAGCUGAGUGGGGAAGAGCUGGGAGCAGCAGGAGCAGCCACUGCUGUUAGCCAGGCACCUGUUUCCAAGGAGCACUUUACAGCUGGAUUUGCAGAGCGGUAUUUACUCACUCCCUUAAAUGUCUUAAAGCAGAAUUCCUCAUGGACGUUUGACAAGCUGGUACAAGACUUUUUUAGGAGGGGAGAAGUGCCCUGAAAACUUGUGUGACACUUGCUGGUGCCAGUAGCAGUGAUUCAUCCUGCUCUCCGUGCUCAGGUUUCCUAUCAGGAGAGAGGAGCUCAGCUAUGGGGCUCUACUUUCUUUAACUCUUAAUAGAGGACAAGAGGAAACCAGAACAAGUUUUUAGACGUUACAAUUUUAAAAUUUAUUUAUUUUUUUAAUCUUUCUGCAUCUGCUGAGUCUCCAGUGCAGGGGGCAGUGCAGUCCCACUGCCUGUGUGCCUCGUGUCCACCUUUUGCAGUGACUCACCUGUCCCCUGUGACAAAAGACACUGCCAGGUCGAUUCAGGCAGCACUGCAGAGGGUGUGAGCUGACUUCAGCUGAUGUUAUUAAUGUUUGGAAUGUGAUGAAAGAAGCAAGGAGGGGGAAUCUGAGAGCCCCAAGGACUCUUCUUUCUGCAUGUCUGUGAUGCUUCACUGACUGUGAAUGGUUCAUUCCAAGGUGCAUUUCGAAUGUUUUGUAUUAAGAUACACUUUUGUAAAAUGCUGCUUAAAUCUAGAAAAUGAAGUGCCUCUAAGUUUUAAUGAGCUGUUUUCUAUCUGUUAAUCUACUAAUACUUCCAGCUGUUGCAUCUAGCCAGCCAACUGCAGCUGGCUGUAGUUCUGCUCUCCUGAAAGCACCAUCCCAAUGUUUAUUGUCAGUGCUUUUUGAGGUUUCUGGCUGAGAAAAACAGGAAUUGUCUGGGCUCCUGAGCUGUAGAGUGGGUCACUAUAUCCUCUGCAGUUUCUGGACUCUGCACAUCUGAAUUCUGCUUGACUGCAGAGCACUUCUGAUAACUGCCAGCAUUCUGCCUUCCCAUCCACUGCCUGCUCUUGUCACACAGUGGCAAAUGGAAUGGAAGAUGGUGAAACAUCUGCUUAGUGGUGUGAAGUGAUCAGUCUUAGCAGCAUUGUUUGGAAAGAAGACUAAACAGCAAAAUUGGCUCUUAGAGGUCAGGCACUUUCCCACUCCAGAUCAACUGCAGAGCCAGGCCUGGCACUUGGGAAGUGUCAGUGGUGUAUAAGUCAUUAGGUACCCACUGCAGAGCCUGGAGCACUGGAGUUGUCUGUGACAAACUGCGCUGCCAGCAUUGCAAAUUGGCUCCUUGUAUGGUCAGGGCAGCAACACUGGUGUAGAAAUGGUCACUGGGCACUUUCCUGGAGCAACACACCAGCUGGUUCCUCAGCUCUCUCCAGCCUCCUUUUGUUACUUUCAAGGCAAAACGUUUCACGUGAUCGUGAGGAGGAUCAGAGCCUUCUGAACGUGGUGUCCUGGGAGGUCUGUCCAAGAUCAGGCAGCCAGAUGGAUUGAAUUCCCUGAACUGAGCCAGAAAAGGAAGCCUUUGCCCUUGGAGCCAAGCCAGGGCUUGUGAAAAGCAAAGGUGGCUGUAGAUGCAGCAGUCACACCUGUCACAAACAGGGCUGGCAGGAGCAGUGAGGGUGUUGACAGCCAGAGUGGAUAUGUUUGGAAAUUUGUUUGGCAAACACGAAUCCUGGCUCCCAACCCUGCGCUUUCCCAGGCACGGCAGCCUUUAUCCCUGUUACAUAAGGAGUGCCUGUCCCUGGGCCUGCUGUGGCUCUGCCUUCCCUUCCCAAGGGAAGUGACACAGCACUGUCCUACUCCUUCACAGGGGCAGCAAGGGCAGCUCGAGCUUCCUGCUGUGGCCUGUGUGUCCUGCUUCUCUUGGAGGUUUCUGUAUGGAUUAUUUGCUAAUCCAAACUCAGCUGCAGAGCUCUGUCAGGUGAGUGUGAGUGGAGACACCUGCACCUUUUGUAACGUGGAGAUGACAGUGCUGUGCUUGUAGUGUGCUGUCUGCUGCUGCUGCCUGGGAGAUGCAGGCUGUUAUUUAAAUGUUGUUGAAAUUUAAAUGACUCAUUUGCCAGGCAGGGGAGUGAAGCGCUGCCUGUGCUCCCAGAUUUCAGGUCCUGCUCCUUGCAGCCUCUCCAGUGCUCAGGAGGAAUGCUCACCUUCUGAGUCACUGCUCCAUGAGGGCAUGUUGCAAAUGACCUGGGAGAUCUGAUGCAUUUCACUGCUGAUGCUUUGUGGCAUCCAGCCUUUCCUCUUUUAUUCUUAUCAACUAUUUAUUCAAGUAAAUGAAGGGGAGGACCUCCUGGUCAGCCCCCGGGCAAAAAGGAGUUGUAAAUGGUAAUUCUUCACAGAGGU